AUGAAAAAUAAGCUUUCAUAUCCAUUUCAUGAUUAUCUUGGUGCGGGCUUAACAAUUAUGCGCCCAACAAACGCAGAUCGCGAGGCAGAAAACAGAUGCAAGCUAACACUGAAGAAAAUUAAAGAAAAUUUAAUUAAGGACAGAUACAAAAAGAUGCAAGACUUCGGAAAUGAUGUCAAUGAAGUUUGGAAAUACGUUUUCAAUAAUUUUAAGGAUAACUCUAUAUUGUUUAUAUCCACAAAAAUUCUUUCUGAUUGGUUCAAGUCCAAAUUCGAUAACAGACCGAGGACAGAAACAGAAAAAUGGAUCAAAGAUGCCCAACAAUUACAAAUAGAUUUAGAUAAUCUAAUUAAAAGCUUCGAUAAGAAGUAA